AUGAGGACCCUUUCCAGUAUAACCCUUCUAGCAUUGGCAUUAUCUUUGGCAGUGUCUAUUGGCACUGCCAAAGAGCCACGUUCGCUACACGUUCCUCGCUCUGCCUCUCUCCAUAAAACUCCGAAACAUUCGAGAUUCCAUCCGGCCACGAGUAGUAGCAUCACGGCUGUCUCUGUCCCCCGUGGUGGUGGUGCCGAUCAAUUUGUUGAUCAAGCAUAUGACUGGGCCACAAACUUGGGAGCUCCUGCAGCGCUGGUGGCGGGAGCUGUGAUUGCCACAUUGUACGAGAAUAUGUCUAGUGGAUCCUUGGAUGUUAUGGAAAAGACCGACCCUGCAUGGGUCAAGGUGGCCAAAAAAGCCACACGAUUGUUGCUCUUGUCGGCAUUUAUUCUUCAAAUCGUGUGCAUAUUCUGCACAACCAUUCUGGGAACGCAUCUGCUCUCUCAUGAACCAGUUUCUGCUACCAAGGCAGCUACAGCAAUGCAAUAUCUGCGGGAACAAUUCGAAUUUGAAUACUUAACAAGUCGGAUUGCCUUUUUGCAGGGGUUGGUAUUUUGGUUGAGUGCCAUUGCUCUUGAACAUGCCAUUCCCCACUUCACGGACGAGUCACCAGCACGAAGAAACGUGGAUAUUCUCAUUGCGUCCUCCCUAGCGACACUCAUCAUUGCCAUGAUGUCUUUUUACAAUGGACACAUGAACUUUUACGACAAUUACUAUGAAAUGUUGGUGCGAUUUGGACAGGUAACAUGGACGAGAUAUUGUGCCCAAUGGCCUCCCAGAGUCAUGACCGUUCUAGCAUUGCCCACUCUGGCUACCUCCAUUGUCUACUUCUUCAAGGUAUUUUUGGAUCUUAAUGGAGGAAAGGGUGGGCCAGCCCUAAAGACCAGGACUAUGUAAGGCAGAAACAACGCAGAUUGUCGCUAUUAGCUACUACUUUGGAGUAAGUAGCUGGCGCGGUACUCUAGCCGGAAGACGGUAGGAUCGUUGAUUCAAUUCCUCUGGUUUUCUCUCAGGUAGAACCUACUUGCUAAAGCUGCAUGAUAAGAACAAGAGUCGUGCUCUGAAUGAUCUGUUAGUCUUACUGGUACCGUAUGCUGACCUAGCCACCCUAAAACUCGCAUCUACACAACAGCCAGGAUGCCAGUGUAACGUAUCAAUAGCUACUCUGAGAGCAAGAGAAACUGAUGUUGGUUUCUCUCCGAUUUCAGGGCCACGCAGCCAGAGCUCUAGCGGAAAUUGCAUCACUCCAGCUCCGAAACUUUCACAGGAUCGAUGUAAUUUCCACUCGCUUGUUUUGCUUUGCUUUCUAAAGCUCUCCCCUAAUCAUCCACUCCGCUUGUUUACACGUACUGGUACGGUACCAUCAACAUUUG